AUGACGAAGAUGGUGGUGGUGGUGGUGAUGUUGUUGUAUGCAAUGUUUCAAGGCUAUUUCUCAGAAGCCAGUCCCAGCUCUAUUGCUUUUCGUCUAAGUGAAAAUAUUGAUACUAGAUGGUGUGGGUACAAACAAAUCGGAGAAUUUAGGGGGGCAGGAAUCCUCGGCCUAAGCAGGGGCUCACUUGGCUUCUUGUCGCAAAUGAAUUCACAGGGUCUAGUACAUAAUGUGAUUGGCCAUUGUCUAAGUAGUGGAGAAGGAGGUGGAUUUUUAUUCUUAGGGGAUGAUCAUGUUCCUCCUUCAGGAGUCUCGUGGACACCAAUCACAAACAAUUAUUACGAAGAUAGGGACUACUUGUCCGGACCAGCGGAUCUCUUAUUCGAAGGAAAUCCAACUAAAGUAAAGGGACUUACAUUAGAUUUUGAUAGUGGAAGUGCUUUAUCUUUCCUAAACCAGCCCAACUACGAACAUACACUUAAUAUGAUUAACAAAGCUCUAGAAGGACAGCCCAUGAUUCCUGCACAUAUACAAAGUAAAGAACUUUCAAUAUGCUGGAGACAACACAACGCUAUUCAGUCCUUACAUCGGGUUAAAAAGUACUUCAAGAACUUGACUUUCAGGUUCACAAAUCUACAAGAUGUUGACAUGGACUUACCACCCCAAGCUUAUCUCAUAUUAAUCGAAGGAAAAGUGUGUUUGGGGAUUGCAAAUGGUGAUAAAGUUGGACUCCAAAAUCCAAAUUUAAUUGGAGCCAUUUCAAUGCAGGAUAAAUUGGUGAUAUAUGAUAAUGUCAAACAUCGCAUUGGAUGGAGUUCCAGUGACUGCGAGAUGGACGCCAUGGCCUAA